AAUAAAAACUUGUCUUAAGAAAAGUAGAAGUUAUAUUUUAUUAAGUAAAAUAGAUAUUGUCUUUUUUAAAAAUGAAAAUAUUUCUAUUAUAUUUGUAUAAUGUUCUAUGAUUUGUGAAAGUGAAUUCGUGGUUAUGUGAAGAGUGUCAGUUUUCAUUGUGUUCAAGAAAAAAGUGAAUUAGUGAAAUUAAAACAAUUCUGCUAGCAAUUUUUUUUUAAGUUGCUAUAAAAGCAAUUGAAUGCCACCGUGGACUCUGUGAAAGUUAAAAAUGGCUAAUGCCGGAACAGCAACUCCUUUGGAAAUUGACGAAUUUAUAAAUGGAGCUUUAGUAACAUGGUUGGAAUCAUGUUUGCCCCGUCCAGAAGUAUUAACUGGUUAUUCCUCCUUGUUGGAUGGCAAUAUUAUCCAUAGUGUGUGGUUGCAAAUAGACCCAGAACCUCAGAACCACCCAACUGAUGUACGUGAUUUAAUCGGGGUAUCAUUAUGUAUAGCGCGAUCAAAAAACUUCGAAUGCAUCGCACGCAAUUUGAAAUCACUUUUUGAAGAAGAAUUAGAACAUACCAUUCUAGUUCUUCCCGACGUCUAUAUCCUAGGCUACCAUCCUGAAUCUAAACAAGGCUUGGAGCAGAUGAAAAUUUUGUUAACACUGUUGUUAGGUGCUGCAGUGCAGUGUCCUAAUCGCGAAGCCUUCAUUGGACGCAUUAAAAUGUUGGACGUUGAAACGCAACAUGCAAUUGUUGGAUUGAUAAAACAAGUUACAGAAGACCAAAGUCUCGUUCUAACAAAGGAAUCUGUAAAUUUGCUAACCCCUGUAAACAUGUACAAUCAUAUAUUGCGGCUGACAAAAGAACGUGACAAUAUGUAUCUGCGCUGGAUUGCUUCAAUGUGCGCGGAUACGGAUUUAAAUAUGACUGCCUGUGCAGAUGGUUCAUUGAACAUGCCAUUAUCACCAUUAUCAUGUACGUUAACCACACCCUGUUUAUCAUCUUCCAACUCCGAAAAUAACCACAUGGCAGUAGAACUUGCAGAUUUGAAAUCAAAAAUUCGCAAAUUGCGACAGGAAUUAGAGGAGAAAUCUGAAAAUCAACUUGAAUUGCGAGAGGAGCUCGAUCAUAAAAGUGCUCAAUAUGAAAAAUUAAGAGCUGAGAGUCAAGAAUGGUAUGCAGAGGCAAAACGGGCGUAUGCAUACCGCGAUGAAGUUGAUGUCUUAAGGGAGCGAGCUGAACGCGCUGAUCGUUUGGAAAUUGAAGUUCAAAAAUUCCGCGAAAAGUUAACAGACGCAGAAUUCUAUAAGACACGUGUUGAGGAGUUACGCGAAGAUAAUCGAAUGCUUUUAGAAACUAAGGAGAUGCUAGAAGAUCAGCUGCAAAGAGCGCGGAAACGUUCAGAGCACGUCAUGACUUUGGAAUCUGAAAUUAUAAAAUAUAAACAGAAACUAAACGAUAUGGCUUUGGAGAGAAACGUUGAUCGUUCCAAGUUAGAAGAAUUGUUGGAGGAAAACACCCAAUUACAGUUGGCCGCAAAAACACUGAACACUACUCAAAGGCUUGAUAGCGCAUAUUCCGAUAACGAGGACGAAUGUAAUUCAGGGGAUAAUAGUUUAUCAGAGCAACUAACCAAUGAUGCGCAGACACGAAUUUUAAAAUUGGAAUUGAAGAAUAAACAAUUAGCUGCUGCGUUGGAGCAACUAAAAGAAAACUCAUUCCAUGAGUCUACGAACAAAAUUCUUGAGCUUGAAAAGGAUAAAAAGAAGCUUUCUUUGAAAGUUGAGCAGAUGCAAGAAAACAUCCAACGUUUAACACAACAGAAUACUGCUUUAGAAGAGGUAUUUAAAAGUGCGUUAGAAGAGAAUAAAAAACUGCAAGAUACAAUGGACGACCGACAAAAGUCAUAUGAACGACAAAGCCAAGAACGCGAAUUAGAACGUAAUAAGUUGUUGGACGUGGAACAGCAUGUAGAAACUUUAAAUAAAGAGAAACAACGUUUACAAACACUUAACGAAAGUAUACAACGUCGCGCUGAUGAUUUAGAUCGUUUGCUGGACACUCGCACAAAAGAAAUUCAUCAGCUAACGGAGCGUUCACAAGGAGUGAGUAAGUUGAAAGAAAAUGUAUAUGACUUGGAAGCGAAGCUAUGUGCUUGUGAACGAGAAAAUAACAGUCUUUUGAAGGAGGUGGCAAAAUUGAAGGAGAAUACCGAAGGCAAAUCAGUUCAAUUAGACGAGUCGACAGCAAAGCUUGAAGCGCAAACCAAAGAGAUUGAUCGUCUUACAAAGGAACUAACUAAAGUUGAGCAAACUCAGCUAAGAGCCAUAGAACUGGAAAAACAAAAUCAAGAAUUAAUGACUCAGCGUGAAAUUGAUUCAGAUACAAUACUGACACUUCGCAAUGAUUUAGUAUCUGGUACAUUAGCAACAAAUAAAGUGCGUCAAAACUUAGAGAAAUUAGGUUUAACAGAUAGUGGCCAUACCGACGAUAAUGGCGAAUUGAAUGUAGAAACUGUAGUUGAAAAGUUAGUACGCAAUCCCGAAACUUUUAAGACAGUUCGUGAAAUUAUGUUGAAUGUAUCGAAAGAGCAACACCAAAACGAAAACACAAAAUCUGAUAUAUGUGUGCUGUGUCAUCGCAAGGAAAUCUACACUGUGGAAAAAAAUAUUGAGCUGUCCAAUAAUGAGCCACAGGAGCUAAGCUUCGAACACAAGGUUACCUUAACUGCACCAACCGGGCGUGAUCGCAUCGAAAUUUUGCGACUUAAGGAAGCCAACACUGAGCUAAGCGCACUCAACACAAGCCUUCAAUCAGUAAAUGUUCAACUGGAGGCAGAAAAGGCGCGCCUCGAUGUAGACGUGGUGACAUUGAGUUCACAAAUAUCCACGCUGAACACACAGUUAGUCGCAUUACAAGUAGCUAAUUCACAGCUUGCCUCUGAUAAGGAUCAACUGUUGAAGCAAAGCGAGUCCAUUAAACAAGAAAAUAAAAACGUACAACAUGAUUUAAUGGCAUUGCGAACUUUGCAUGAUCAGCUUUCAACAGAAUAUGAAUCACUUGCCGCUGACAAAGAGCAACUCAAGCUGCUGCAGCGCGAUUCCCGAAACGAAGCACGCGAAUUACGAGAACAUAUCUCGAAUUUAGAAAAUCGUAUAGCAGAUUUAACGAAGGAUAAUGCUAAAUUGAAGAGCUAUGAAAACGAUUUAACAAUAUUGCGAACAGAACAUUCCAAGCUGACAGAUGAUUUUCGAAAUUUGUUCCGUUUCAAAAACGAGUAUAAGAAUAUUCAGGAACAAUAUAAAAUGAUACGCCCAGAAAAUAAUAAGUUAAAGAAACAAAUUGCCGAGCUGUUACGAGAGCUAGAUGCCAAAAACGACCACAUAAAAACCAUGGAAAGUGAUGCUGCUUACUAUGCCCAACAAUGUGAAGUAUUACUUCAAACAAAUGCACAUCUGGACAUAGACCGAAAAACUUUAAUGGACAAUGUUUCGCAAUUGCUGACGCAAUAUCACGAGCUGCUUUCACAUUCGCUGGAGGAUAAACAGCAUUUCCGAGAGGAAGAGAAAAGUUAUACAGAGCGUCUGCAUAAUUUGAGCCGUCAAAAAGAAAAAUUGGAGGAGAAAAUAAUGGAACAUUACAAAAAGCCAGAAACUGUUUUGCCAAAAAAGAAACCUUUCGCAAGCAGUAUUGUGCGACGUGUAAAGAAAGCCGGAUCUGACUUUAUAAAUAAGGUGCCAACAAGUCGAAAUCGCCGUUCAUGGGUGGAUGACUCACGGCUUAAUCAGUCGCAAUUCGUGGUUGGCUCUGAAUCAGGUGGUAAUGAUUCUGACAAUAGCAUAGAAGAACCAAUGUCCAUUGAAUCUGAUUCUCACUUGCUUCAACGCAACUUGGCUAUACGGCAAAGUUUGCAACGAGACCUAAUUGAUAGCACACUUUCCCGCGGCGGAAUACGAAGCAGUUUGCAAUCACAAAAGCGAACGGAUUUGAAUAGUUCUCGAAGAAAUAGCGUCCACGGUCUUGAAGCGCCAGAUGUGACAGGUAGCAGUUUAACACUGGGCACAGCCGGUUCCCGGCGCACAGUUUAUUUAAUCGAUGAGCACCAAAAAAUACCCGAAACAAACAGUACUUGUAGUGAAGUUGGUGGCAGUGGUGAAAUGUCGAACUCGCAUUGCGUUUUAAACUCAAGCGCCUGUUCUACAUCUACAACUUUGACAGGUGCCGGCACCGUAGGUGACGCAUAUAUGUCGGCAGAUAUGGGUAUUGGUGGUACUGGAGUAGGCAUUGCCGAACCUCAGACGCCUUCAAAUUUGUCAUCCGUUCCAAAUAACGAUAAUCCGACUACAUUCCUUAUGUACAACCGCAUCAAUACAACGAUCGGUAAUGCUAAUCCGGAGUGCAACAUGCCACCGGGCACAUCACGUGAUUCACCUAUAACAAGUAAUAAUUCAACACCAAUGACAACCACAAAUGCAACACAGGAAGAUAAAUCACUACGAAAACGUACUGACGAUAAAAGUAACAGUAUUUGGUACGAGUAUGGAUGUGUUUAGAUAAUAGACAUCUGGAAUAUGUAGUUCGCUCUUAUCAUACCCAAAAACGUAUUGCGUAUAUAAAUUUAAAAUACAUGAAAAGCAAAUUAGAUAGGCCAAUGUUUUCGAAAAUAUUUAAAGCCUUUAGUAAAUUUGAAAGUUGCAUCGAGUUUAGCAACUAUGCAAUAGCAGAGCAAUUUCCACAACUCGUUUGGAAAAUCCUAUAAACAUAAGUCAGUACAUUUCCUCUUAACAUACCACUGCCAUUUUGGUAAAAUAAUUCUAAUUUAUUCGAAUUUAAAGGAGGCUCUUCAUUUUUAUCAUGCUAGAUUUUCGUUAAAUGCACCUCUACAUUCAUGUGAUUGACCCAAAUAAAUAGUACUUCCAAAAAACCAUGCUUUCCAUUUCAAAAUAUUUAUACGAUUUUUCUUAUUACUCUGAUUGUGAUUAUAUUCGCAUAGUUAUAUAUAAUGGUCCUACAAUGCGCACAAUUUUAUUUACCACUUAUAUACAUAUAUGUAUACAUAAUGGAGCUCGAAUAGUCACUGCUGGAAAUAAAGUAAAUAUUUUAUGAAUUUUCUUCCAAAUAUACACAACGAAAGAGUUACACAACAUUAAUAUAUUUUACUCUAGUAUAGCGCUUACUUAAUAAAAAAUCGAUUCCGUAACUAUAAAUGCACACAUUUUCUAGUUUAUAGAAAUCAUUAUUACAUCUAAUACAGCAAUAAAUGCUUACACAUGUUGCAAGUUUUCGAAAUACCACAUUUGCCUUUAUCUACUAUAGAAAUUAUGAGUAUUAUAUACAUACAUAAAGGAUAAAUUUAAAACUAUACGGGCGAUCGAUGCUUCGGUCACUCAUGCUUUGGCUAAAAUAAAAGCAUUUCCUCACAAUUGAAUACAAAAAUACUUGUUAAGCUGACUAUAAUAUUAUAUAUAUAUCAUAUAUAAAUCGUCCUAUAUACUUACUAUAUUUUUUAUAAGUAUUUACUUUUUGUAAAUCGCCUUUUUUAAAUUAAUAUAUACUUUACAAACAUAAUAAACACACAAUCUUUGAAUAAAAAUGACUUUCGAAUGGAAA